GUCCCGCCGGAGCUGCGGGCACUUCGGAGCGCGGGGAGCGGCGGCCGGGCCAUGGCCCCGCAGCAGCCCAGCGCCGGGCAGUACCUGCGCUCCGACAGCGGCGGCUCGGCCACCCGCAUGCUGGGGGACGGUCCCGCCGCUGAUCCCGGGGAGCUGCGGGGGCGGCGGCGGCGGUGCGGGCCGCUCUGGGGCAGCGUGGCCGUCAUGGCCAUCCUCGCCCUGCAGAUCGCCUCCACCACCGGACUCUUUGUCUAUUUCACCAUGGCCAUCUCCAAGCUCAAAGCUCAGUCGCAGGGCAGCUCGGAGGAACUGAGGUGUCUGCAGCUUAUCAAUCAGCAGCAGGAGGGCUCCAACUUGGAAGAGCUGAUCAGCAACCAGUCCUGCCUCAAGCUGGCCAACACCAUCAAAGCCUACGUGGCCACGGUGACGGAGAACGUUAUCAGCAGGAGCGUGGUGAACGAGGCCCAGAGGAGCUACUUCAACACCUCGGAGGGACAGGUUCCUACCAAAACACUCGGCAAACCCUCAGCACAUCUCACCCUCCGCCCACAGAACCCAGCCCAGGACGGAAGCUCCAGGCGCUUUGGGAACCUCUCGCAGUCCUGCCGCCAUGCCAUCACUCGCUGGGAGGACAGCACCAUUCACUCGCACCUGCAGAACAUCACGUACCGGGACGGCCGGCUGCGCGUCAACCAGGCAGGCAAGUACUACGUCUACUCCCAGAUCUACUUCCGCUACUCCCGCGACGGGGCCGGCACCCGUGUCUCAGUGCCACAGCUCGUGCAGUGCAUCAACUGGAAGACCUCCUACAGCCAGCCCAUCCUCCUGCUCAAAGGGGUGGGCACCAAGUGCUGGGCACCCGAGGCAGACUACGGCCUCCACGCUCUCUACCAGGGGGGACUGUUUGAGCUCAAGGCUGGCGAUGAGCUCUUUGUCUCCGUCUCCUCGCUGGCCAUCGACUACAACGACGCAGCAGCCAGCUAUUUUGGGGCCUUCCGGCUCGACCUGUGACAGUCUCCUCUCAUCCUCACACCUUCCCUCUGCUCUUGCUGGAUUGACUCUUCUGUGUGGCCUAGGGCAGCAGCAAUUUGAGCUGCCGCUGCGUGCAGCUCCUCUUGUUGUGCCAUUGCCUUCCCCUGUGUGGGACAGCAGCCGAAUGCCCAGAGGUCCAGCUGGGCCUGGCGCAGUGUCAUUCCUUGUGCCUCGUGGGUGUCUGCUGGAGCUGGGCGAGAUGGUGCAGGGAACACAGAGCAGGACACGCUUCCACCAACAGCCACGCUGCCAGGGUGCCUUGCAUCCUCUUGGUGUGCAUCCGUGUACCUCACACACCAACAAAGGAAGAGGCACAGGGGCCACAUCCACAAUUUCAGACCAAUCCUCCUCAUGGCAGGACCAUCCCCUGCAAGUCUGAAUCCAGAUUUGGCACACGCAAACUGCAGCCAGCCGUGCCGCCAGGCUCACAGACCCUGAGCUGGAGGUGCUGGGGCAGAAGUCAAGGUUAGCAGAGAGCAGUGGUAGGGGCAGCAGAGCUGCAGGGCUGCCCACCACCCCAUGGCCAAGCAGCCUGCAGGCACAAGACAGAUCCGAUACCAGCUUCCAGGAAAUAAACAAGGAGUUUCAGUUCAGACCUGCUAGAAACCUAGGUCUGUGCCAGCAGUCAGCUUCUGGGGAGGCAAAGAGCAGGGUCAUAACGCUGCAAUAAUUACCGGCACAAGCAGCUGCACCCAGGCACGUGGCAGAGAUGCAUUCCUUGCCCGGGUUAGACACUGCAUCAACAGAGCCCAGCGUGUGGCACAUCCAGAGCAGCAUCUUCUCCCUGUCCCCAAGGAGCCAAUGAGAAUGACACCACUGUCAGAGGCUGGGGAAGGUGCUGAGUGCAGGAGUGAGCUGGGGAGCUGCAGACCUGCAAGACUGGCACCCUGGGCUGCUCCUUAGCACAAGGACAGCAUAAGGAUAAGGACAACACUUAGGACGGCACAAGCAGCAGUACAUACAGCUCUCCAGGUGCUUCUCUGCGGCCCACACACAUCCCUGACAGUGAGGAAGGGACACUGAACUAUGGCAUCGGCUGCGCGCAGGGUGCAGUCAGGCCCUCAGCAGCUCUCCGUGAGCCUCAAGUGACAGCAGUGACAUGCAGAAAAGGGCUGCCCUAGCCCCUUGGUGCUGAGCAGGGCCAGCGUCUGCAUGCUGGGGGCAAGCUGGUCCAUCCUGUGCGGCAGCUCACGUGUGUGGGACCACCAAGAAGAAGAGCUUGACAUCUCUCCUCCCUUUGCUUCUGACCUGGCAUCCCUUUCCUUGGGGUUUUGUUUCUCCGAGCGCUGUUGGGCAGCACAGCUGCUCUUUGCUCACAUCGGUUGUCACCCUCCAGGAUUGCUGCCCAGGCCAGGACCCAGGACAAAACCAAAGCCCUGUCUGUUGCUAACAGACACAAAAGACAGGUUCAAGCAGAGCAGAGAGUGAUAAAACUGUCUUGGCCCACAGACACUGUAUGGACAUAGACCACUUUUGUAAUUACUUGUAUACUCUGUAUCAUAUUAAGAAUGUUGACAGAGACAGGCCAGCAGCACACACUGCCACAAAGGACACAAGUACCCCUCCUACCAGCACAGUUCUGGGGGGGUCUCAGUGCUCCUUUCAAUAAAUCCUGUACCCCA